AUGGGUCAAACGCCGACUGAAAAAGAUCGAAAGUUAUCCUUUAAAAAAUCUGAUAUAUUUUAUAUAUUAUUGAUUUUCGUUCCUGUGGGGUACAUUGUGAACUUUCUUAGUUCGAAUGACACAUUAAUUUUUAUAACUAAUUUUCUGGCAAUUAUAUCAUCGGCUAAACUGAUGAGAUUUGCGAGUAAUGAACUUAUACACCAUUUAAAUAAAUCUUAUAAGACUCUAGAAGACAUACUGGACGUAGCGUUUAACAAUUUGGUAGAGUUAAUAAUAACCAUAAAUGCAUUAGUGAAUGGUCAAAUUCGUGUUGUUCAAGCAGCAUUGCUGGGGUCUAUACUCUCUCAUACUCUACUUGUAUUAGGAAUUUUUUUUCUAGUUGGAGGGAUCAAAAUUCUUUAUGAAGGAAAGCUUGAAGAAGAGUUUACAAUCAUUGGUGGUUCGAAAGGUACGACAGUUGCGCAAAUGACAUCUAGCGUGUUGACAUUAGCGUGUAUUUCUCUGGUUUUACCUGCUGCAUUCGGUUUUUUUGUCACCACAAGUACUGAUAAGUCAAUCGAAGGAAUUGUUGCGUCACAUAAAAUAAGUAAAGCCUUUAUUGGAUUGAUUUUACUACCCAUAGUUAGUCAUUGUGAUAAGUAUAUUUCCUCUGCCUAUAUUGAACGUAAUAAUCACAAUAAUGAAUGUGCAAAUAAAAGGUUUGCAAUUAUUGUUAUUUCGGUUAGAAGCUCAAUUCAAACCGCGCUAAUUAUUACUCCAAUAUUGGUGAUUUUGGGAUGGAUUAUUAAUCAGCCUAUGUCUCUGUCUUUUUCAAUAUUCGAAACUGUUUGUUUAGUUAUUGCAGUUAUACUCAAAAAUUACUUAGUUCAGAUGGGAAAUCAAAUUGGUUAG